GAGCACCGCCCGCAUCCGAUACUGCCCGGCGACAGCCAGGAAAUGAGAAGUUGAUGCUGAGAAGAGAGCUAGGGUUUGCGGAGAGAGGAAGAGGGCGAUGAAGAAGUACGGACUCCAGCUCCGGAUUCCGCCGGGCCAGCAGAAGCCGGCGGCGACGAAGCCCACCCUCCGUCCUCCGUCGGCCUUCGGCGACGACGACGAGGACGACGUCGAGCGGGAGAUCUCUCGCCAAGCUUCUAAGAACAAAGCCCUCCAGAAGAUAGAAGAACAGCACAAGAAGGCCCUGGAGGAGGACCCUUCGGUGUUCGACUACGAUGGGGUGUACGACGAGAUGAAAGAGAAGAUCGCCCGCCCCAAAAUUCAAGAUCGCGCCGAGAGGAAGUCAAAGUACAUAGAAACACUUAUGCGAAAAGCAAAAGAACGUGAGGUUGAACAUGAAAUAACAUAUGAGAGGAAGCUGUUAAAAGAGAGAAGCAAAGAUGAUCAUCUCCAUGCAGAUAAGGAGAAGUUUGUGACAAGUGCCUAUAGAAAGAAGCUUGCAGAGCAGGCAAAAUGGUUGGAAGAAGAGAAGUUGCGCCAAAUUCGUGAGGAAAAGGAGGAUGUAACAAAGAAGAGUGACUUGAGUGACUUCUACUUUGGCCUCAACAAGAAUGUAGCCUUCGGUGCACAGUUGGAAGAGAGGGCAAAGCCUAAUAAACAAGAUCGAGCAAAUAAUAGUACCCAUGAAACUGAAGGUAGGCUAUCAGAAACUAAAGGUCUCGUGCAGUCUACUCGAGAUAGAGAGGAAGCUUCUACUCAAGAUAGUCAGCCUGAGACUUCUCGUCGCUCUGAGAACCAUUCUGAGCAAGCUGCUGUGGUAACAGCACCAGAGGUUCCUACAACACAUGCCACUACGGAAGAGGACACUAAAGCUGAUCAGGCAUUGCCUGCUCAUGCAGCAGAACACUACAAGAGAAGCGAAGAUGCACUGGCUGCAGCAAGAGAACGAUAUCUGGCCCGCAAGAGAGCAAGAGAACAAUAAUGAAUGAAGCUUGUUUGGUUUAUUUCAAAUAUAAGUUUAUCAUGUUCUUCAUAUCUUUGUAAAUUUGCAUGUUAACUCUGCUGCAGAAAUUUGUCGUGAAUCAUGUUUUGUCCUUGCUGCUCGCACGUUUCUUUGUUCUUCAAUUAUGAAAUGGCCAUUGAUUUUCAUGGGAAGUUUGAUCA